AUGGACGAUCUACAGCUACCUGUGGUCUGGCGUGAUGAACCUGAGUCGUCCCAGAAGUAUGAAGCACAACGCCGACGAGUGUUUACUCUGCGCGUUCCCAAUCGCUACCCCAUUGCCAUCGUACGUCCACGCAACGUUGCACAGGUGGUUUCUGCUGUGAAGUUAGCUGUCCAGAAGGAUAAGCGUGUCGCCAUCCGCUCGGGUGGACACAGUUGGGCAUGUUGGAGCUUGCGCCAGGACAGUGUCCUAAUAGAUCUCGUGGACUUCAAAUAUCUGAGCUACAAUGAUUCCACCGAAAUACUGGAGGCAAGCCCGGGAACAAUUGGCACUGAGCUGGCGGAAUAUCUACGGCCGAGGGCGAGAUUCUUGCCCGCCGGCCAUUUCGCCUCGGUGGCUUUAGGUGGGUUCAUUUUACAAGGAGGGAUGGGUCUGAACGCGAGGGGAUUUGGUUGGGCGGCCUCGUUUCUCCAAGCGAUUGAUGUCGUUACUGCUAAGGGCGAGAUAUUGCACUGUGAUAAGGAGCAGCAUUCAGAUUUAUUCUGGGCAGCACGAGGCGCCGGUCCAGGAUUCCCUGCUGUUGUCACAAGGUUCUACUUGAAAACGAUGCCGGCCUUUCCAAUCCAGCUUAACAGCACUUAUAUUUAUCCCAUCGCUGAAUAUGAUGCAUUGAAGACCUGGAUUAAUGAGAUCCUGCCAAGUCUCCACCGCAACACUGAGCCGGUACUUCACAUUAUGAAUGAUCCGGACCAAGGAUACUUUAUUGCAGUCCUCGUCGUCGCUCGCGCUCAAAGUGAAGCAGAAGCGAGGUCGUACCUACAGGUUCUGGUGGAUACUCGUCCUCCCAAUGCUCUCAAAGGCACGGAACAGCAGCCUUCUGAUGAGAUCGAAGAUUAUGAAGCAUCCUGGUCUUUGAUGCCGCCUAAUCACCGCUGGGUUGCAGAUAACGUCUACCUGGACAAUGAUGUUGAUCUUGCGGAGACUGUGAAGGUAGCAUUCACAUCGCUACCAAAGGGAGGCAUCGGUUACUGGGAACCCAUGAAUCCUGUUUCGCGUGAGCCACUGGAAGAUAUGGCAUUGACUUUGCAGACUGAUCAUUAUGUUGCUCUGUACGCAGCCUAUAAAGACGCCAGAGAAGAUGAAUGGCACGAGACGUGGAUCAGAAAGAGCAUGAAAGGCCUCCGAAAAAGUCAGAAAGGGGCAUAUUUGGGCGACAAAGAUCUUCAAUUCCAUGACACCAAGUACUGGAGCGACGAGGCUGGCAAGAAAUUGAUGUUGAUUCGGAAGAAAUGGGACCCCGAAGGACGCAUCUCGCCACUCAGCGGUCUGGACAUGAGUGACCCGAUACCCCUACCAGCUGAGAAUAAAGAGACGAUCACGCUAUUUUUCGUAGCCGGGAAUCGUCUCCUCAUAGGAUUUAUGCAGCGUGACCAGGUCGCCGUAAAGCCACCCGCAAAAUUCCAAAAAAGAGAACAACGCAACGAGAGUUCCAAGUGUGCAGACGUUGAUGGCAGUAGUUACGUCGAAAUUUUAUUGGCUUCCGGUGUCCUAGACUCCGGUUCUCUGCUGAAAGUGAUUCGAUCUUACCUGUCUGACCCGGUAGAGCCGGGCGUUGACCCAUCACAUUCCGCCACGACGAAUGACAAUUUUCCAGCAAAUCCACCACACAGGCCAAAGGCCUCGACGUUAGCUGCAUUGCGGGGACCAAUGGACUACAAGUAUCGGAUCUGGUGUUCUCAGCAGCAAGAGCUGACCAGUUGUGUCGGCUAUCAGUUCGAAGCCAUGGCGGCACAAAUCCCGAGGCCGGGGUAUGCGUGUAUUUCUGGCUAUGGUGCUCCCUUGGACCCCGCCCCCAAGACGACAGCUAGGGUGAUGCAAAAGUUGCAUGCAGUCAGCAAUUCGCGCUCCAAUGCAGAAUACUUCCAGGCCGCGCCACCCGCAACGGGAAUUAUCAGCUCCGAAGUCCUCCUAUUGUAA